UCAUCGCGUUCGGCUGCCGACCCGCUCGAUUUUUGAAUUCAUUUUUUGGCCUGGCCCACUGAAAAAAAGAAGAGAAAAAACCAAUCGAAAACAAAGCCUCAUUGCGCCCCAUUAGGCAAAUGCUAAAUUAGUCCGUUGUGUAAAGGUGUAAAGCAUUAUUUUGUCGAAAUUCGCCAGCCGCAACAAGCCCCAUUUGCUUGUGUUGGUUUAAGCCCAAUUAUUUGGCCAAAGUACCGCGGAGUUUUGUAAAAAUAUUUCUGGAAAAUCUUCCCCAAAGUGCAGUGAUUGUGUUUGUGUGCUCGUAUCGUUUGUAGAACGGUAACAGGUAAAACAACAUCAACAAUCCGAAUCCGAACGAGCGGCCGAUGUCGGUGAAUAUAACCAUUAAAAUGAAGUUAAAGUCGCUCCCGAGCUGCAUACGAAUGCUGCUGUAAAUAAGUCUAAACAAACACUUGCAUUUGUUGAUGACAGCGUGGAAAAAGCUUUCAAGAACUGGAGGACUCCCAAUCCCUUGGCCUGGACUAACCGAAAGUAAAUUGAAAUUUCAGCACGUUCUCGGCUCCGGACCAGUGCACAUCCAUCGAGCGGCAGCCGGGUUUUGCAUGCUGGCCGGGCAGAUAGCCCCGGCGUGAGCACACACAUCGGGCUGGAAAAGAUAUAGCCAUCGAGUCAGCCAGCCAGACAGCCAACGAGCCAACCAGCCAUCCAGCUGCAUCGAAUAUAUCUCGGCCAAAUGUACGCCGGUCGGGCGACACAAUUUGCCAAAACCAUCAGCAGCAUGGCGUGCAGCAUACAGAAGCAACCUCAGGCGCCGCAAUCAGUGGAUCCUGGCACUGCAGGAGUGGAUCGGGUGGGUGGAGCAGGCGGUGGCCCCAGUGGAGCUGGCACCGUUCCCUCCACGCCGAAAGCCAAGACCGCCCAGCCGAGAGGCUCCCUGCCAACGGACGUGAACCAGCCACCGUUGGAAUUUCAGUGGCCACCGCCCGUUCCCGUUUCGAUACACACGAGCAACUUGCGUCUGAACAUGAUGAACCAGGAUCCCAAGGACCUCCACACAGCCAGAGCCAUUAUCGAGGAGCUGCGCUCCAAGGUGCGCUUCCAGACGGAGCACAUCAUGAAGUGGCGCAAGGCAUAUGCCAUGCAGGUCCAGCAGCACUAUCGUUACCAGAAGGAGAAAUCCGAUCAGAUGAACUCGUUGACCUCGCAGCUCUUGCUCCUGGAAUCCCGGCUGAAGCGGAAGCAGAAGCAGAUAGCCAGUCUAUUGAACCAUCGGGAGUUGACCAUCCAGCGUCAGCAGAAGAUCAUCGACACCCUGUCCUCCCGCCUGGUGGAUCACGGGCUGGAGACCAUUGAAGCUAGCUAUGCCAACGAGCUGGACUCCCUUAACGACUCGGAUUCGGCGGUGGUGCUGGAGGACAUCGACUCGGACAGCCCGAUGACAUUGGGGACGCGACGGAAGAGUAGUGGCGCUGGCGGAUUGGGCGGCGUGCUGGGCAGCGAUGGCAUCACCAUAGUGCGGUCCAUAUCCGAUGCAAUCGAGACGAAUCACAACAAGUACGGAGCGGCCCGGCGGAACAACUGCUUCCUGCGGCGUCCCGAUAUCCUGGAAACGGUUUACUCCGUCGAGGAGGAUCCCGAACCCACCACGGACGUGGCCGAGAAGCGGGACAAGUUCAAGAACCGCUCCGACAAGGCUCUCAGCUCCAGCUCGACCGAGGGCCAGAUAGACGCCGCCAGUCCCUCGACCGCGGACAAAGCCAAAGAUUCAUCGCCCGUCGACGGCGGAUCCACCAUUCCAAGACGCCAACUGGGAGCCCUCAAAAGAUCUCCCAGCCACGACUCUCCGUGCACCACACUCAGUGUCAAGGUCCCCCAGCUGCAGCCACCAUCUCCUCCACCAUCGACACAAGGAGGAGUCCAGGAUCCGCCCAACGGAAAAACCCAGGUCACCAACUACAACCGGGUCAUGCUCAACCAUCGCUCGGUGACCAAGCCCAAGGACGUCAAGUACAAGCGCAUCAACAAGGCGAAGUCCAAGAGUCUGGAGGAGCUGCGAGGCCGUCUCAAGAACCUGGUGGAGCGGCCUCCUGGCCUGGACGGCGGCUACUCCGGCGGCAUGAUGCCGCAGGCGGCGCAGUCAUAUGCGUGACAUUCGCAGCAGCCGGACGGAGAGUCCCAGAGGUCAACGGAGGGGGUGAAGAACGGCCAGCCGGAGGCGGCGAUGGAACCUCGUCCGCGGAGGGAGAGCGCGGAGCCAACGACCUCGACCUCGGCUGCGACCUCGACCUCGACUUCGAUCUCCGCCCCCCAGGAGCCGCAGGGCAGCAGACACGGCUUUCCCAAGAGGUCGCUGACCUUGCCGCGCAUCCUGGUGCCCCGGCAAUCGGCAGCGGGACUGGCGGGCUCGAGCGGCGGGGGCGGCGGUGGGCGUGGCGGCUUCUAGCAAUUAAAGAAAUUUUUCAUACGCAAUUGUGAUAAAAAGUAAACACGUUUUCUUCCUCCGUCUCUGUAGUGCCUACUUCAGUUGCUUUAACAUGAUUCUCUUUUGUAACAUUUGUUUCCUUGACAUUUAUCCUGCGCCUAGUUUGGUAGACUAUGCACUUACUUAAGUUAAGCUUAAGUUUUACAGAAACGGAACUGCAUUUUGACUUAACAUUACACAUAGUUUCUCACAAAACAAAUAAAUCAUUUUUAAAACUUA